CCUAGGUAAACAGCUGGGGAAGGAGCCAAGAGAGGAGCCUCAGAGCUGAGUGGGCGUGAGAGAGAAAGAUGGCCUCUUCCCAGGUGCCCCCAGGCUCCACACUAGGAGGCGGAUCUGUGCAGGGGCCUCCAGAGGCCUCCACAGACGGGGAAGAAGAUGCCGGGGAGGCGUUUGUGUUUGAGGACAGUGAGGAAGAGGAGGAGGGCACCAGGCUGGUGGUGAGCAAUGCCAGGACUGAGCUGGGCACCCGGGAAGCACUGCAGGACCCUCCGCCCAGGCGAAGAUCGAGCAUCAGCGAUGACCUGGAGCCUCUGGACGAAUGGGAGGCUGAGGAAGCGCUGCUUGAGGGGCGGGUCCUAAUGGGCCAGGCGGACUCCAGCACCAGCCUCGAUCUCCUGGGCUCACAGUCGCAGACAGAGUUUGUGGUCAGCAAUGGGGACGUGGUGGGAAGCUCUCACGGUGUGUCGCGAUCCUUCAGCUGGAGGAGGAAGAGUUUCCGCCGAGGACAUCAGGUUAACCCCCCAGCCCCGGAAGAAGACGUGAUCUAUGACGAUGUUCCUUACGAAAACGUGGACCCGGAUCAGCGUGAUUCAGAGAGAAGCCUGAUUUAUGAGGACAUCCAUCAAGACCAAGACAAGGAGCUGCAGGAGGCCGAGGACCUCGGCUGGAGCUCCAGUGAGUUCGAAAGCUACAGCGAGGACUCCGGGGAAGAGACCAAGCAGGAGGUGGAAGCUGCUAAGCCAAAAGUGUCCUUUCAGCCAAAGCUUUCUCCAGACCUGCACAGGCUCAAGGAGAGAUACUCCAGGACUAAGAGGGACAUUCUGGCUUUGAGAGUUGGGGGGAGAGACAUGCAGGAGCUGAAGCAGAAAUACGAUUGCAAGAUGACGCAGCUGAUGAAAGCCGCCAAGAGCGGCACCAAGGAUGGGCUGGAGAAGACCAAGAUGGCCGUCAUGCGGAAAGUGACUUUCUUGCACAAGAAAGAGGUCCCAGGGGACUCGGAAGAGGAGGACAUGGGGUUCCUGGAGGUCUCUGUCACGGAUAUGAAGCACCCGCUUCCCGAGCUGGGCCCAAUGCCGGAAGGACUGAGCCCUCAGCAGGUGGUGCGGCGUCACAUCUUGGGUUCCAUUGUGCAGAGCGAGCGCAGUUACGUGGACUCCUUGAGGCGGAUCUUGCAGGAUUACAAGAACCCUCUGAUGGAGAUGGAACCCAAAGUCCUCAGUGCCCGCAAGUGCCAGGUGGUUUUCUUCCGGGUCAAAGAGAUCCUCCAGUGCCACUCCAUGUUCCAGAUUGCCUUGUCUUCACGUGUGGCCGAGUGGGACACCGCAGAGAAAAUUGGUGACCUUUUUGUAGCCUCAUUUUCCAAAUCGAUGGUGCUGGAUGUGUACAGCGAAUACGUCAACAACUUCACCAGCGCCAUGUCCUUGAUCAAGAAGGCCUGCCUCACCAAACCUGCCUUCCUGGAGUUCCUCAAGAAGCGGCAGAUGGCCAGUCUAGACCGGGUCACUCUCUACGGGCUGAUGGUGAAGCCCAUCCAAAGAUUCCCCCAGUUCAUUCUUCUCCUGCAGGACAUGCUGAAGAACACCCCAAAAGGCCACCCGGACAGGCUGUCGCUCCAGCUGGCCCUCACUGAACUGGAGACCUUGGCAGAGAAGCUCAAUGAGCAGAAGCGACUGGCCGACCAAGUUGCUGAGAUCCAGCAGCUGACCAAGAGCGUCAGUGACCGCAGCAGCCUUAACAAGCUGCUGAGUUCGGGCCAGCGGCAGCUGUUGCUUUGUGAGACUCUGACGGAAACCGUUUAUGGCGACCGGGGUCAACUCAUCAAAUCGAAGGAGCGCAAGGUGUUCCUGCUGAACGACAUGCUGGUCUGCGCCAAUAUCAAUUUCAAAGGCCAGUUGGAGAUCAGCAGCCUUGUCCCCCUGGGCCCCAAAUACAUUGUGAAAUGGAAUUCUGCCCUUCCGCAGAUUCAGGUGGUGGAAGUCGGGCAGGAGAGCUGCAGCCACGACAAGGACAACGUGGUCAUCCAGAACGUGGGAUCCAAGAAGCACAUGCCGACCAGCCAGUCAUCUCACAACAGAGUCUAUCUGGGCCCGCCUCGCCUCUUCCAGGAGCUCCAAGAUCUACAAAAGGACCUGGCCGUUGUGCAGCAGAUAACGCUGCUCAUCAGCACCCUCCACGGCACUUACCAGAACCUGAACAUGACGGUGGCGCGAGACUGGUGCUUGGCGCUGCAGCGGCUCAUGAGGGUGAAGGAGGAAGAGAUCCAUUCUGCCAACAAGUGCCGUCUCCGCCUCCUACUCCCAGGAAAGCCAGACAAGUCUGGUCGCCCCAUCAGCGUCAUGGUGGUCUUCAUCACUCCCAACCCCCUCAGCAAGAUCUCCUGGGUGAACCGCCUGCACUUGGCCAAGAUUGCUCUCCGGGAAGAAAACCAGCCCGGCUGGCUGUGUCCCGAGGAAGACAAGAAGAGCAAAGCCCCCUUCUGGUGCCCCAUCCUGGUUUGCCGUGUGCUGGCCUUUUCCUCCAAGGCUCUCGACCUGCAGCUUGGAGCGGCCGUACACAGCCCCGUCCAUUCCUCUCUGCUGGGUUUCUCGGCCAUCAGCACUUCUCUACCGCAAGGCUAUCUCUGGGUUGGGGGCGGCCAGGAGGGGGCUGGGGGCCAGGUGGAGAUUUUUUCUCUGAACCGUGCUGUGCCUCGGACGGUGAAGUCCUUCCCCGUCGCCUCCCAGGUCCUCUGCAUGGAAUACAUUCCAGAGAGGAGUGAAGAGGAGAAAACGGAAGAUCCUUCCCAACCAGCCGCUGAGCCCCCGCUGCUGCCACAGCCCGCCAUUUGCCUGGGGCUACGGGAUGGCAGCAUCGUGGUUUAUGGAAGCGUGGACACAGGGACACAGUGCCUCCUGACCUGCAAAAGCCCUGGGCUCCAGCCAGUGCUCUGCUUGAAACACAGCCCCGACUUUCUAUUUGCUGGCCUGCAGAAUGGAACUGUAGCUGCUUACUCUAGAAACAGUGGGGGGCUUUGGGAUGCGGCAGCCGAGCCCACCUGCCUGGCAGUGGGGCUGGCCCCGGUCCGAACUCUGCUGAGCUUGGAUGAUGCCGUUUGGGCCAGCUGUGGCAACCAAGUGACGGUGCUCGAUGCUGCCACUCUGAAGGCGCAGCAAACCUUUGAAGCCCACCCGGAGGAGGAAGCCAGCGUCACUCACAUGAUCAAGGCAGGCAGCGGGGUCUGGAUGGCGUUCUCUUCAGGGUCCUCCAUCCGCCUCUUCCAUACCGAGACCUUGGAGCACCUGCAGGAAAUCAACGUUGCAACACGGACCACUUUUGCCCUGCCAGGCCAGAAGAACGUCCGUGUCACCAGCCUUCUGAUUUGCCAGGGCCUGCUGUGGGUUGGCACUGACCAAGGCAUCCUGGUUCUCUUGCCCGUGCCCAGGUUGGAGGGCAUCCCCAAGAUCACUGGGAAAGGCAUGGUCUCCCUCAAUGGCCACUGUGGGCCGGUGGACUUCUUGGCCGUGGCUCUCAGCACCUUGGCGCCAGACAUCCUGAAGAGCGACAAGGAGGAGGAGCCCAUGGCAGAUGCCCCGCCUCCAGAAGAGGAGAAGCAGGACUGCCGAUCUUCAGAGCUGGCAGCCCAGGACAGCCCCCCCACGCAGGAGAGGAGGAAAAAGGGCGUCCUCUUGCAGUACCGCCUCCGGACCACCUCUCACCUCCCUGGCCAGCUGCUCUCAGUGAGGGAGCCUCCGUCCACCGCUGGUGGGAACACUUUGGAACACACCGAGGAAGACGGAUCCAUUUACGAAAUGGCCGACGACCCUGACGUCUGGGUGCGCAGCAGGCCGUGCGCGAGGGACACUCACCGCAAGGAGAUCUCUUCCUUGGCGGUCAUCUCUGGCGGACGGGGCUACCGGAACUUCAACCCCAACGGCAAAUUGCCGGCCAGCAGUGAAACUGACAGCACUUUGCUCAUGUGGCAGGUCCCUUUGAUGCUAUAGCCCUCAGCUUCUUCCUCCCUUCUCCCCCCCCCUUCCUCUUUCUCCCUCCUCCCACAAGAAGCCGCCUCAGAGCAGCAUCCAGAAGAGUGGUUUCAUUUUUCUCUCUGGCCUUCUCAAAGAUCUUGGAGGAAAGGCUCACCUGCUCUGCCCAAAGAGGAAUGCAGACUUUUAUCCCCCCCCCCUCCUCCCCCAUGUGUGCUCUCUUCUCUAAGGACUUGUUUUUCAGAUCCAAGAUCUCGUGGUUGGGUAGCCUUUAUCCUUCCUACGAGACUGUGGUUUUUAAAGACUUCCCCACUGGCAUAGGAAUUGGUGCACUCCCUGCUGGAUUUGGAGUCACCAGGAUUUUUUUCACAAAUGACUUUCUUUUUUUUUUUUGUUUCCAGAAAGGGGCAUGAGCAUUUGUGUACCCAUGUGUGAAUAUAUACAUACGUACAUAUAUAUAAUAUAAUAUUAAGAACUCUGUAUAUUAUUAUAUUGUAUAAAUAAAAAAAAAUCUGUAUAUAUUGGUGCAUCUUCAGGUGCAGAAAUAAAGACAGUAAAAAGAACA